GAGUGUGAGCACCAUUAGCUCCCUACAUCUGACGUCAGCUUAAAUUGCAAUAUUUCAUAUUAAACUGAUCUGGCUAGAAUGUUUUUUAAAAUGUUUUGCUCUAUACUUUCGUAAUUGUUUUGUUUUGAUGCAAAUAGAAAGACCAUGUGUGAGACGAAGCGCUGCCAACAAAUAAUGUUGAUAAUAAAUUAGAAACAAAACUUACGGGACGAUAAAAAAGAAGUGAAUGAUUAGUGACACGCUGGUGGAGAGGGGCAUUAGUAACAAGAGAUUUCAAUUUGAAUGUUUAUGCCAGUGAUAAUUUGAGUACAAAUUUUCAAAGCUUAUAUAAUAUAUCUCCUUUAAGCUCAUAACUUUUUUAAAUGAUUUAAAAAAAUGAGUAAAGAAUUCGAUAUUUUUAGAGACAGUCCAUUGCGAUAUUUAGGUUACUGCAAUGAAGUGGGCGAAGCUUUCCGACCACUUAUACAUCGUCAUUUGGUACGCACGUCCUAUUUAUUGGCUACUGCGUAUGUGUGCGCUGAUGCCAUUGACAAAUCCGUCAAAGAAUAUCAACGGGGAGAGAGCGCUAAACAAAUUGCCAUUGUUACUGGUGAUGUUUUCAGUUGGCAAAUCGUCGCCUCAGUCAUCAUUCCUGGCGCAACAAUUAACAGGAUAACAUGGUUGACUGGCUAUUUACUUCGCAAAACUUAUGCCAGAAAAGUGUUUAAAAAAAUUGUGCCCACAGCUAUGGGUUUGUGUUCAAUACCAAUAAUAAUUGGGCCGAUAGACAAAUUUACCGAUGGGCUCAUGGAUGCAACCUACCGAAAAUGGUUUUACUAAGAUACAUAUGUGCUAACUUGUAGUAUUUAAGGACUAUGUAUGCUACUUGUGCAUAUUAUGUGUACGGAUACCUUGUUAGUUUUUGUAUCAAAUCUUAUAUAUAAUGAGGCAAAGAUAUUCUAUUAUCCCGGCUCUGUGAUGUUGCUGAAGCAUGUUGUGUUGAGUAUACCCUCGGCAUGUUAAUUUGAAGUGCAAUCAUUUGUGGGACAACCUCAAGAUGGACACUACAAAUUGAACGAGUAGCUUGGGCUACAAAUUCUGCAACAAUCUACUCAUCUUCUUCACAUAUGCAUAAAUAAAUAUCUAUAAUACAUGUAGCAUACCAAGAUCAAGCGAGUUCUAUCCAUCUUUAGGUAUCUGAAGAAUAGUUUAGAUAUAAAUGUUUAAAAAAUAGUUUUUAAUAUAGAAGAUAUUAAAUUAAACAUCUUUUAAUUAAAUAUUCCAAAAAAAGCUAAUAGAAUUAUUAUUUAGAAUAAUAAAUUUAAUUUAUGGUUUAGAGUAAGAACUGUUCAUUAACAGUUCGAUGUAAAUUAAAUAUCUCAAUCUUCAGAUUUAUUCAACGUGAAAACAUCUUAUUUCGAUAUUCAACAAUAACGUACGUAUGUGUGGAGGAGGAGUUCGGCCAAACACCCAAAAAGGCUGUAAUCGCCAAUUAUCUAUCUAUACUAUACAAAUUCAUUAUAUUUCGGAAAGUCCGCUUAUUUUUAAAUAUGUUCGAAGAAUUACAAUUUUCCUAAAAGAGUUAAGUUACAUAGUUGUAGUUUAUUUUUGAUGAUAACUCAUUAAAUUGAAUAAUUCACAUAUUAAAUCUUUGUAAAAUAUUUAUUCCUUAAUGUGUUCGAAGAAUUACAAUUUUCCUAAAAGAGUUAAGUUACAUAGUUGUAGUUUAUUUUUGAUGAUAACUCAUUAAAUUGAAUAAUUCACAUAUUAAAUCUUUGUAAAAUAUUUAUUUCGUAAUAAACGAAAUUUCCUUGAAAGGCUAUAUUUAGGGUAAUCAAUAUAAAAAUA